AUGAGCAUGUCUUAUUCAGAACACCUACUACCGGUUUCCACUGUUUCUGAUAUUGAAAAUCUAUUGGAAAACUGGAUUGGCGAUACCGUGAAGGGCUGUGGUCAAUAUGAGCUUGUCAAAGUAGACAAAAUUUUGCAAGAUGUAUCGUCUUUCAUGACUGAACUAAAAGACUGCGCCUGUGAUUCACUCGAGCAUGAAAAGGACCCGUCAUUCUUCCAUGAACGCCGCCAUGAUAUAUUCAAAAUGACAAACAUUUGCGGGAAAAUCGAUGUCUUUUUACGUUCAGCUUUUUCCAUUUUUGAUCUGACACUGUAUCAGGAAAUGACAAAGAAGCUACAAAUCGCCACGUUAGCGUUAUUGGACACUUUGAGUAAGGUUACGAACUUAUCUAAGUCUGCUGAAAAGGCCACGAACUUGAUUGAUCUUCGAGAACUGGUCUUAACCCAGCUUGGAAAAAAAACAGCUGAAUGGAACAUUCGAUUUUCGGAGCUAAAGAAAACCCCUUCGCCGUUUGAUUCGAAGGCAGACCUCCAAAUCGAGUCGCUUCUGAAAUUUUUGUCCUCAAUUUCUCUUUUGAGCACACAAGAGUUAUUCGCAUGUAAUUCACCCUUGUGUGCUUUGACAGUUUCAGAAAGACUGUUCUGUCUGAAGCUUGAGUCAUUGGAAUGUCAGAUAUCGCCAAUGCAGGUAUCUAUUGACAUGCUCACGAGUAAAGUUGCAGAUCUCAAUAGCUCAGGUGGAUUCUUUACAGCUGAAUGCGAGAACAUCCGAGCAAAUGCCUGCGGCAUUUCCAAAAACUGGUCAUUCUCAGUCUCAGACUUUGCCCGCCUAAAAAAUGAUACAAUAGGUGCUAGACUUGUAUCUGUAUACAAGUAUUUGAAUACCCAGGUUUUGACGAUGAUUGCUGAGAUCAUGGAAGAUCUUGAUACGAGCGAUAUAAAUCGUGAGAAGAUUGGACCUACAUUCAAAAAAUGUUCUGCUGUGAUCACUUUGAUCCGUAAAAUAUCAUCAUCUGGAAUGCCCGGUCUUCAAGGUUGCGCUUACAAAUUCAACCUGGAAAUUGUUCCUAAAUGGAAACACAUCAAUAACAUCUUGGAGGAGGAGCAAAAACUAGCUUUGCCAUUCAAUCAUACUUUCAAGCCUACGUUGAUUCAAACUCCUAAAAGCAAUCAUACUUCGCCACGUGCCAUGAGAAAAUUCAGAUCACACACUCCGCAGGCGGAAGUGACCCGUGAGCAUGAUUUUGCUUCUUCAAGCCAUCGCACUGUGGGGCUUGGCAUAAAUCUACAUCUUGGAAUCAAGCCCUCACCUUCAGUACCAUACAGUACUUCGGUAGACCGCAUAAUUGACUUGGAUUUGGGUACUAGCAGUCUUCCAAGUAGCAGUUUUCAAUUGGCUCUUUUGCAAUCUGCAAAUGAUGACCUGUCAGAUACAGGCUGCACCACAAAAGAACCAACAAAGCAUGAUGAACGACUCUCACUCCCCAAUACUCCGGACAUAUUCUCAUUGCAGAGCCCAGCGCAGUUCAACCAUCUGGUAACAACAGAAACUACACCCUACAGAGACCAAAUCGAUGAUCUCUCAAUAAAGUUCACAGAAAAUUCAACACAGGUCUUGACUAUUGAGGAAAAGAAGUCACUAAUUCAAAAACUCAGGGUAACUAGCUCGACACCGUCCAGAAUACCCACCAUUGUCCCCAAUUACACAAACUUGAAGCUCCCAAUGCUAAAGAAGAAAAUUGGGUCUCAAUUUGGUCAAUCUAGGCUUCCUACAAUCUCGCCCGAUAAUGAAGUGUUCUGCUCCCCAGAUCGUCGUCGAAACCUCGAAGCUUCGACAGCUUCUCGAAAGUCUCGAGAAGUUGCAGAUGCACUGUUCCCAAGCGCAGAAGCUCCCCGGACUGGGGGCGGAUUGACGAUGGAACCAAAGUUUCUUUUUGGAAAAAAGAAGAGUGUGAAUCAAGAGGAUGUUAUUCCAGAAACAGAAUACUGCGAGGAAUCGAACAAUGUACACUAUAGAAGUGCACAUGAACCACGUUUGAAAGCGCCCGCCAGAAAUGUCUCCUUGAACGGCUUGGAAACGCCAGAUUUAGCGCACUCAAGUGACGCGUCGGCGGGUGUCGUAUCGCCCGUUAGCUGGAGAUCAACUUCUCCAUUGAGGCCUGCAUCUUCGAUGGGCUCGAGAUAUGACGAACAGAACCUCACGCCUCCCCUAAAAUACCUGAGGAAACGGUGGAAAUAA